GUUUAGUCGCACGAGACGCGGCCACGACGACCGGACGUCAACACGGGGCUUUACUAUUGGGAAACCCGAGAAGACGACGACGGGCAGAACGGGACGGACGUACGAAGUGUAUUCGAAGUGUGCAACGACGGCCAUACCAAUAGUGCACCGUAUAAUAUAACCCGACGCGGGAAUCAAUCGCGUAAAACGAAAACGCCCCGCAGAAACAGCGAACCGGACCGAUGGAGAAUAUUUAUCCGCGACGGGUUCCCGUCAUAGGCAACCUGACCGGAAACGGAUGGACCGUGGCCAGCCAGGAGAGCGUGCUGUCCCUGAUAGUCGUGCUCGGCAGCAGCGUUUCCUUGGUCGGACUCAUAUUCGCUUUCAUCACGUACAGGUAACAUAGCGGACCGACUAUCGCGUGAGAAUAAUAAAAUAUAAAUAUAAUUUAGCUCGUUUUUUUUUUCCGAAAAAAAAAAAGGCAUAUGCCGGCGGCGGAAACGGGCUUUUCGAGUCACUAGUUUUUCAUUAAAAUACUCUGCCCUUCCCGUACACCGCCAUCGCUGCCGACCACUUGGAUUUUUUUUACGCGCACUUCUAUUUUUACGAUUUUGUCCGACAAUAUACGUCACGCCAACGCUAUAAUAAUAUCUAGGGUACGGAUUUGAACGUUCUAAACAUUGUCGAGAAAAAUUAUCGACAAAUCGAAAUACGGUGAAAAUGAGCGUGUUAUUUUUAAAGACGUGUCCGUCGUAAUAUACGUUAAUCGAAUUAUCACGCGCUAUCGUGUUUUCGGGAUAUUAUACUCGUAUAUUGUUCUAUGGUAGUCGGAAAAAAAAAAAAAACAUGUAUGUAUACACUUUUCAUAGAAAUAAUAUAUUAUUAUCGUUAUGUGAUCGUUGCAACGACGCAUUAAACGUAAUCCCGGCACAACAACGGACGUCCGUUAUUACAAUAUUUUAUCAAAAUAACGUCCGCCCGGUCCAUUAUUAUAUGACUAUUGUGAUAUCCGCGCACAAACGUUCUUUUGGACCGAAAUAAUAAUAAUAAUAAUAAUAUUAUGAUCCACUAGAACCUCGUCGUACGCGAUAUAUUCCGUUCCGUAGUAGGAUAUACUGCGUAAUAUUCGAUGUAUUUAAAGUGGCUUUUAAAAGGUCUUGCAAGUAAUCUUCCAGUGUUAUACGCUCUCCGUAUAUAUAUAAAUAUAUAUAACACGUGUACAAUGGAACGUUACCCCGUCGUACUGCUUUCCCGAAAAAGCGUUUACGUCACAAUAGUUUUAGAUCCUGAACGAAACGUACAGUAGUAUAGGUAUUGGUUUUUAUAUAUAAUAGGUAUAAUACACGAGUUGUAUUUUUCUCUUUUCUCUCUUUCCCUUUCGGUAGUGAAUUUUGAAUCUAGUCUCAACGACCGUCAUCUUUUGUUGACAUUUUUCGUAUUUUCCCAAUUCAUUAUAAUAUAAUAUUUACAAAAUAUCGCUAAAAACGAUUUAAGGGUUGUUUUUUUUUUUUUUUAGGAAUUCAGUAAGAAAUAUUCGUAUAGACACCUGAAACGUUUACCGAAUACCUAUAUAAAUACUUAAGUUGGGAUUUUCUAGACUUAGUACAAUAUUAUCGACAUUUUUCCGCUCGUUUUGAGCUAAUUUCAAAUGCGUUUUGCGAUUGAAUGUUUCAAUUUUAUUUUUGGUCACGUUUAAAUUUUCGAAACAUUUAUUAUACGUUGAUCUUAUAUUGACGGAAAAAAAAGGUUUGUGUACAUUUUUGUUAUGUGUUUAAUGUUUGUAUUUAUACGAAAUCCGUAAAAGUCACGAACAAUAUUGGAAAUUAUUUGGAAGUUAACAAUUUUCUAAUUUUCCAGUCAUAACUGUGCUUCACUCAGAAUCAUAUUUUGUUUGUUUUAAUUCUUUUCUCUAGAUGACCAUAAAUCGGACACCGAUAUUGCCUUAGACUAUACCAUCAAUAACGUUAUUUUCAAUCGAAUGACAGUCGAUCUCGUUUCGUCUGUUUUGUAAUCCGAUCCUCUUAUUUUUCAUAGUAUUAUCUAUUCGGUUUUCGUUGACGUGCUAUAAUAUAAGUACUUGUGUACACGUUUUGUUAAGAGAAGUCCGCCAACGUGCUUGACACCGAUUGGAUUUUCUCUGUGACCUCGUAAAACCACGAUGAUUAUAGCCGCAUAUUUUUCGUAUCGAUUCUAAUGCCGAUGAAUGUUUGUUCUAUCGACCCUAAUCGUUAUAGUAAAUGUAUCAUUUUCAGUAAAAAUUUGAUAUAAUAAUACGUCAUCGUUUAUAAUAUUACCAUCGUCAGCAUUUUCUUUUUGGAGAAUAAGGAAUAAAAAAAAAAUGCAGAUGUAGUUUUGGCAGUGUGUUUACACAUAAUUAUUAUUAGCUAAAAUAAUAAGAGAGAAAGAGAAGUACCCACGGUGCUUUGGAAAGGUUAAAGGUUGAAAGAAAAAACAAACGGACAUACUUCGCUUGAUGGGCGGUCCUCUGUUUUAAGUGUGAAGUUGGAAAGGUAGAGGGGAAAUUUAAUGUAUAUUUGUACGCAACGAUUAACCAUUUCUAACGAAAAACGGAGUUCUGUUAUACAGAUUUGAAAAGCCGUAAUAUUUACUGUUUGAAAAUAACACAUUUCGUAAGUUUUACCAUUUUUCCUACGUUUUUUCCCUGUUUUUGUCAUUUAUUAUGAAAAUCCCAGGGAAAAUUAAAAACCUACUUAAAGUAUCACCCCAGACUAAUUUAUUUUCAGAAAAAAGUGCUACACUUGAAAAUCGGAGAAAAGUUUCUGGUAGAAAAAUUGUUCACAGAAAAAAAAAAGCAUCAUUGUGAAACCAAUAUAUUUUUCGCUCCAUUCAAAAAUUUAAAAGAACAAUAGUUUUGAUAGGGAUCUAGUCGAGAAGGUAAAUUAUCUACAUAGUUUAUAAAAGAAUAAACUGACUGACAAUUGAUACUAGAAACUUGAAAAUUCGCACAAAGAUUCCUUAUAUGUUUAAUGCAUGUAACAGCUUUGCAAAUAAUUUUUGAAAUUCAACACUUCUGGGGGUGGAAAGGAGAGCCAAAGUCUGAGUGGAAAAUAACUUUAUACAUGAUUAGUCUUAACGUCGGAAUUACAUAUUAAGUAAACAAUGGGAGAUUUUGGUUUUGAUUUAAGUGUACAAAUGUAUGCCAUGUAAUAAAUACGUAUAAAUAGAUAAAUAAAGUGAUUAUCUAAGAUUAGAUAAAUACUAUUCAUCUUUUAUACACCCCGUAGAUAAGGCAUUAUAAAUAUAUAAAUAUAGGGCGUUUUUUUUUUUAUCGUGAAACAACAAUUUUUGUCGAAGGGGUUUAAGCGAAUUUGAUUUUUGUUUUUUUUUUUUUUUAAAUAUUGUGAAAUCGGUUAAGAUUUAUUUGUUUAGCAAUUUGUCAUUUAAAAAUAUAUAUGCAAUUUAUUACCUUUCCUCCAGUCUAAACUUUAAACUGGUAUAACCCUUAUAACUCAUAAACGAUAAAUCUGAUAUUUGUGUAAUGCAUAGCAAAAUUUCUAUUUCGUUUAUAUGAACUAUCACUAUGCUACUAUGAAAUAGUUCUUUAACUUUGUUAUUUUUACAGAUUUUUAACGUUAUUUUUAAAUAUAAUCGAUGAAAUGUCUUCAAAAAAAAAAAAAAUCGUUAACCAGGUAAUAAGAAAAUGUCUGAAACAAUUAUAUACAGAGUGUAGCAGGACUAAUUUGCAUUUUUGCAUUACAGCCACAUGUAAAAAUGUCAAAUAGUCCAGUUACACCCUGUAUACCCGAAAGUGUUGAUGAAUACGACAAAACACACACAAACGUCGUACAAGUUUUACGAUAA